AUUUGUUUAGGUCUAAAUUAAAGUAGAAGAAGUCUUGAAUGAUGAAGAAGCCUACGAAGGAGGAGGCUGCGGCUGUAACAUCGGUCUUUUGGGACAUCAAGAGGUGUCCCGUUCCCACUGGCUGUGAUGCUCGUCUGGUUGGUCCGUGUAUUAAACGGGCGUUGAAGAACAAUGGCUACUUUGGUCCUCUCACCAUCAGCGUCGUUGGUAUACUAUCAGAAGUCCCUGAUGACGUCCUGCGACUGGUCUCUUCCACUGGAAUCGUUCUUAAUCACGUCGCCACGGAUUACUUACACGUUGCCGAUGCUAUUUGUGAAUGGGCCGAGAGAUAUCCACCUCCAGCUAAUUUAAUGGUCAUAUCCGAUAACAAAGAUCCUCCUUCUCUUCUUAGAAUCUUAGAAAAGGAUGGAUACAACAUUCUUGAGCCGUUUCAAUUUUCUGAACUAGAAGGGGCACUUGAGGAGGAUAAGUGCAGUGAAACGGGUGACUCUGCCUCAUGGGUUUGCUCCAUAUGCGAAUAUCUUCCUGGCCAAGGCUUUGAAAAAUUCACCAACCAUCUCUCUAGUCAAAAACAUGCACAAAAGUUGUUGACGUUGUUGCCUGUCAAUCAACAAGAUCAGCAUCCUGAUUUUACAAAAUAUAAACAAGACUUGCAGCACCAAGUGAUUUGUGACUCCCCUUGAUUCUCAUCACAAGGAUGCUACUACAUGGUAAGGACAGUUUUAAUAUCUGAUAACUUUGAGAUUUCUAUUUCUUAGAAUUUUGCGGUUUUCUUAAUGAAAACUACAACAUAAUAGAACAAGUGCACGAAUAGGGAGAAGAGACGGAGAAAGAUACAUUGUGCCUUUGUUUCAAACUCUUCAGAGUUUCUUUCAGUUUACGCCGCACUUACCAUUUGUGUUUAGUCCCAUAGCUCUCAAUCUUAACUCCCUCAUUCGAAACUCUGCACGUACC